AUGGAUCGUGAAAUAACGAACGUUUCAAGUUGGUGCCAUCCGUCUAUACUUGCCCGCACUGAUUCAACGACAACAACGGACAGUGAGGUAAAGGACGAUCGACGAAAAUCCCCGAGAGCACGCUGCGGCGGUCGAACCAGGGUGGAUGCAGACGCGACGGGUCAUCCACCGUGGGCUAGUGAAGAUUCGGACGGUGAAGAGACUGAUUGCCAUGGCCAACGGCCCCCAUCGGUCAAGGGCCGUCCCGCGUCGCCCCGACCUCCAGCGCCCGCCGAUGAAGGGUCCGAUGCAGUGCAGCGAUACGUCCGGUUGCAGGAAGAGCACAUCGAAGCGUCCGUUGUUGUGCUAACGAAUGGGCUUGGUGCGUCCAGAGCGGUGCCAACGGUGCUGGAAUCAUUGCCCAAGGGUGGUGGGAAAUUGACUUUUAAUCUAACCCCGGAGCAGCUAGGUGUGCGAAACGCCACGGAACGUACGAACCGUGGUAGAAAGUGUAGAACCGCCGGAGAGUACCUUCUUUCACCGGAGAAACUUAGCGCAAACACGGACAGCCCUACUGCCGAGGAUAGCCCACGAAAGAGUAGCCUCCGGCGCAGCUCGGCGUACAGCAAUCAAUCGGAGCUGGAUAAGCAGCUCGCCGGGGAACAGCAUCCGGAGCCAGUUCCGGGUUGCUCUGGGCUAUCGUACGAAGAACAUUCCGGCAACCAUCCAUCGGCGACUGGGCCCGGUGCGGUAAAGAUGAUGCUGAUGAUGAUACCGCCGGAAAGCGGUCGCUCGGAGGAUGUCAAUGGUUCGCGAGGUUCGUUGAGCUCGAGGGCAUCGAUGGGUGGCCAACGCAGGGCACAACAUAAAUUUGACGAGAUAUCUACAAUCUACGACCACUUUCCGACCGAGUUUCUGCCGGACAAGUUCCGGUGUGCGCUGUGCCAGAAGUUACUGCGGGAGCCACGUGUGCUGGACUGUCUGCACACGUUUUGCCGGCCGUGCUUAGAACGGGCAGCAGCAACGGUCACGCACGGACAGGACAGUGCACUGUUCUGGCAGCGCGUCAACGAAAGUGCCAGCUUCGAUUGGGACCUACAGAAUAACGAGCGAGGUACAGAAGAUGGGAAAACGGACAAUAAUAAUGAAUCCUCAUUGUUGGGCACCAUCGGCGAGUCACGUUUCGAGCAGUUGCGCGCCUCCUUUCAGAGCUUUCGCGAGCAGAACUGUUUACGAUCCCCGGUAAAGCCAGACAAGGGAAGGGACAAAGUUAAGGCCAAGGUAAUAUAUGGUGACAGGGAAAAAGUUCUCGUCUGUCCCACCUGUAACCAUCCGACGGAGCUGCCGGCCGGUCCGGGCGGUGUUGGCCAACUGCCGCAGCACUUUGUGCUGGCAAGGAAAAUCGAGAACAUCAUUUCCCAGCAUGUGGCGUCGCCGGUUUCAUCCCGUCUCGGAUCGCCCACCACCAGUGCAUCAUCAAUCGCAUUGGCGCUGUGCGAGUUAUGCUCUGACGAGGUUACGGCAACCGCCUCGUGUCAAACGUGUGCACUAAAAUUGUGCAACUUUUGCAAGGAAGCCCAUAAGCGGCAGCGUGGCACGGCUUCGCACGGUAUCGUGCGCCUCGGCGUUGGGUUGAGCGAGCUGAUGAAAGUAAGGCCCCGGCGGAACCUGAGCGUCUCGGGGGAGACGGAGUCGGUUGGACCACGCUCGAUUAAAUGUCCGAUGCAUCCGGAACAUCAAUUAAACCUAUUCUGCACCAGUUGCCACCAGGUGAUCUGUGGCGAGUGUAGCACGCUGCUGCACCGGGACCAUCGCUGCACGACAGUAGCACGGGCCGGGAAGGUGUACGGGCGGUUCGUGCGGGGUGCCAUCGUACAGACGCGUCCCCUAGAGGACUAUGCGCUUCAGUCGGUUGGACGGUUGAACGAUUUGACCGUGCGGAUCAACAGCCGCUGUGAAGCGGUCCUGCAGGAGGUUGACGCAUUUGUGGACGAAUACGUGGCAGCACUCGAGGAGCAUCGGCGUGCCCUGGUGGAGCAGAUCAAUAACAUCCGCCAGGCAAAGAUGGAGAUGAUUAUGGCACAGAAGCUAGACCUUGAAUGUCGUUCCCAGAACGCUCGUGCCGCGAUUAACUUUGCCGAGGAGCUCAUGGCAGAGGGUAGUGACGUGGAAAAUCUACUAUUUGUCAGCAUACUACUGAAGCGGUUUGAAGAAUGCCUCAAACCGACCCGAACGCUCGAUAGCACCGUUACCGAUACGGUACAGUUUCUCGCCGACGAGGAAGCGCCCAGCGUCCGUGUACAGACCGGUGUUCCAUUGUUUGGCAUCGUAACCACACAGAAAGCCGAUCCACGGCAGAGCGGAAUCGAGCAUUCGGCUGGCGAGCUGGCCACACUGAAGGCACACAAGCGCGUCCAGCUGACGUUGGUCGUGCGGGACUAUGAAGGGAGACGCCUCGGGCACGGUGGUAUUACCGUGCAAACGGAUCUCCACUUUCGAGACGACGAAGAUCACUCGGUUGCGAUGUCCAUCGUUGAUAAUAGAGACGGGUCUUACGGACUAACGUUUGUGCCGCCACGCCCCGGUGUAAUGCAUCUGAUGCUGUUCGUCGACGGGAAGGUACUGGAGGAAUGUCCAGUAGUUUUGAGAAUUCACAAACUUCGACCGCACUACGGUGUGUAUCAUUGUUGUUCGUUCUGUUCGAGCGGUGGUGCCAAGGGUGAUUCGUGUGCGUGUGGAAGUAUCAUGCCCGGAGGAUACCGAGGUUGCGGUCAUGGACAUGCAGGCCAUCCCGGACAGCGCCACUGGUCGUGUUGCGGGAGUCUGCAGGAAUACUCCGACUGUGCGGCAACGGCUGGAAAGGAUACGCAGCAGCAUGUGUAG